GAGUAUAAGUAACUAAUUAUUUUUUUUUAAAGUAAUUGGGAAUCGUCCUUACCCCUAGCGGAAGAGAGGAAUAAAAUCCAAAUAACGUGUGUAUAUAUAUAUCGAUAACGCAAAACAGGUGCCGACAGUGUUAACAUAAGUUGUGCGGUGAUGUUGUCAGCUGAAAAUCUUUAUAGAUCGAGCGAAUCAUCUGCAUUGAGGCAAGCUGAUCCCCGAUUAGGCUUAAUCUCUCACCAGAACCGAUGUGGAAUAACUGGAUGUAUAUCCGUCAAAAGGCGAGUGAUAGUGCUUUAUUAGUUUAUCCACGUUGGGCUUUGUGUUUAUCUAUUCCAGACGAAUAGAGGUAUAAGCACAUACAUUUGUUGUACAUAGUUAUCGUGAUGCUAUACCGCGAUGUGUUAUCAACAGUUCUUACCUCUAACAAGUUUAACCCUUACUUUUAUGUGGAUUAUUAUUUUGGAGGUUUCAUCAAGCAGUGGAGUGCAAAACAUAACUCUAGGAUACCUAACCGUGGACAAAGCCAAGGGUUUAGUACGUGGAAAGCAAGGGCGGGUGAUAUCAGGGGCUAUAACAUACGCUGUGGAUGAAAUCAACAGCAAUCUAUCUCUGUUACCGGAUAUUAAUAUAAAUUUUAUAUGGAAUAACACCUGGGAUGACACUUUAAUAUCAACUGCCAGGUUAACGGAACAAUGGAGUAAAGGAGCUGUAGCAUUUUUUGGUCCUGAAGAUAGCUGUACAGUGGAAGCUAGGGUAGCUGCUGCCUGGAACCUACCCAUGAUAGCGUAUAAAUGUGCUGAUUAUGAAGUAUCCGAUAAAUCGUUGUACCCAACGUUUGCUCGAACAUAUCCACCGGCUUCUCAAGUUACAAAAUCUAUUAUAUCUUUAUUAAAACAUUUUAAUUGGAGAAAAUAUACUCUUAUUGUUGGCUCCUCUCACAAGGAAACUACCACAGCAGAGAAAUUAAUUCAGUUAUCAGAAAUGUAUAAUAUAACUAUCAAUGAUCGUAAGACGUUUGAUGAACCUCACAUCGCUUUAACAACUGGAAACCCCUUCCCCGGUAUUGUUGAAGAAACGUAUGUUGGAACAAGAGUCUAUGUAUUUCUUGGAGAACUAAACGGCGUUGUGGAUUUCAUGACCAACCUGUAUGACCGAGGCUUACUGGAUACCGGUGACUAUGUUGUUAUAUAUGUAGAUCAUGGUACAUUUGAUUAUGCCGAUCCUUUAAAAUAUUUCAAAAGAACUAUGGAUAGACCAGAUCAACCAAGAAACCUUGAAGCCUCUCGUUCUCUUUUAGUCAUAACAUCCAGCCCAGCAACAAACCCUCAGUAUGACGAUUUUUUAAAACGAGUCAACGAAUAUAACGAAGAGCCGCCAUUUUCUUUUCCCAACCCGUUCCAUAUAAUGAAAAAAAUAUCGGUGUAUGCAGCCUAUUUAUACGAUGCUGUGAGAUUAUAUGCCCAAGCUUUACAAGAAGUAUUAGAUGAAAAUGGUAAUAUCAAAAACGGUACAGCUAUUAUUGACAAGAUACGAGAUAGAUCUUACACAAGUAUACAAGGAUUUUUGUCCCAUAUAGAUGAAAAUGGAGAUGCUGAGGGUAACUAUACACUAUUAUCACGAGCCUGGUUUGAAUCUUUUUAUGCAAACUAUUCUAUGAUGCCUGUGGGUCAUUUCCAGAUUGAAGAGGGAAGUGGAAUACCGAGUUUUCGAUAUUUUGAAGAAAAUGAGAUUGACUGGAUAUCGUUUAAACCACCUAUAGAUGAACCUCAAUGUGGAUAUAGAGCUGAGAAAUGUAUACCCCCACAAACUUACACUCUUGAAAUUGUUGGCGGAAUACUGGGUGGAUUAGCAUUUAUAAUAGGUGUGAUAUUACUUAUAAUAUACAGAAACUGGCGAUAUGAACAGGAGAUAGCUGGUUUGUUGUGGAAGAUUUCUAUAUCAGAUAUUAAAACAGGAGACGAACCAGGAACGGGACAUCUAGAUAGAAAUAAAAGUGGUAGCAGGGGAACGUUAUGCAGUCAACAGUCAAUGGAAUCUAAAUUUUCAGUUACUCAGAUCUACGCACGAACCGGCUCUUACAAAGGUCAAGUAGUAGCACUCAAAAUGUAUGAAGCCAAAACUUUUGACGUCAGUAGAAAAAUGAAAAAAGAAAUGAAACUGAUGCGAGACUUACGCCAUGAUAAUGUGAAUGCAUUUAUUGGAGCCUGUAUAGAUCCACCAUAUUUUAUAAUAAUAACUGAAUACUGUUCUAAAGGCAGUCUACAGGAUAUUUUAGAAAAUAGUGAUUUAAAGCUAGAUGACAUGUUUUUAGCGUCGUUAGUAAAAGAUUUAUUACAGGGCAUGAUAUUUCUCCACGAUUCCGUCCUUAUGAUUCAUGGUAAUCUUAAAAGUUCUAACUGUGUGGUCAACAGUCGCUGGAUGUUACAGAUAACAGACUUUGGUCUCUUAAACGUCCGUGCUGCCACCUACAGGAAAGAAGAUGAACAUGCCUAUUAUAGAAAUUUAUUAUGGAAAGCACCAGAAUUUAUACGUUAUCCUCAACAGAAAGCCUCUCAGAGGGGCGAUGUAUUUUCCUUUGGAAUCAUACUUCAUGAGAUUUAUGGACGAAUGGGGCCAUACGGGUGUUAUAAUUUGAGUCCUAAAGAAAUCGUUGAGAGAUUGGGUGUUAAAUGUAAUGAUCCACCGUUUCGACCUGAUAUUCAUAGUUUAAACUGUGACAAAUACAUCAUCGAUUGUAUGGAAGCUUGUUGGUCCGAAUCCUCUAUAGACAGACCAGACUUCCGUACAGUAUGGAUCAGAUUAAAACCACUUAGAGCUGGAAUGAAACGCAAUAUAUUUGAUAAUAUGAUGGCCAUGAUGGAAAAAUAUCAAGAAAAUUUAGAAGAAUUGGUUGGUGAAAGAACGGAACAACUUAUUGAAGAAAAAAAGAAAACAGAGGCACUUUUACAUAGAAUGUUACCAAGAUCUGUAUCUGAACAGUUAAAGCGUGGUGAAGCUGUUAUCCCAGAAUCCUUUAAUUCUACAACCAUAUACUUUAGUGAUAUCUGUAGUUUUACUAAACUUUCAGCCGAAUCUACACCAAUGCAGAUAGUUAGUAUGUUGAAUGAUCUCUAUACAUUAUUUGAUAAUAUUAUAAAGAAUUAUGAUGUAUAUAAAAUAGAGACCAUAGGUGAUGCUUAUAUGGUAGUCAGCGGAUUACCUAUUAGAAACGGCGAUAAUCACGCUGGAGAGAUAGCAUCCAUGUCUCUACAUCUUUUGACAGCAAUUAAAACAUUCCAGAUACCACAUAGACCUGACGCUACUCUUAAGUUACGUAUAGGUAUUCAUACAGGUUCAUGUGUUGCCGGUGUUGUUGGUAUGACUAUGCCAAGGUAUACUUUAUUUGGUGAUACUGUUAAUACAGCUUCUCGUAUGGAAUCAAACGGUGAAGCUUUAAAGAUACAUUGUAGUGCCGAGUGUAGAUCCAUCUUAAUUAAAUUGGGUGGUUAUACUCUAGAAGAAAGAGGAUUAGUCAAUAUGAAGGGUAAAGGAGAUUUACUCACAUAUUGGUUAGUAUCCGAAGAUGUCCAAAUUCGUAAACAAAGAAUGAUGGUAACAGGGAAAGUGGAUUCAGAGAGUGGUUCAUUGAGACGGCGUUUACUCAGUGUCAAUCAUAAAAGAAUAACCGACACAAACCCCAAAUACAUAGACGUCAGUUCCGGUAUAGAAAAAAAUCGCUCAGAGGGCAACUUAUGGGACAUUCUAAAAGUUUCUGAAAAUAAAUCCGAUAAUUGUGAUUCCCAAUCCAUGCAUACAAGAGUUUCUUCCUUUCGAGACAAUAGAAAUUCCAAAGAUAAGAUGUGCGAUACAACUCCGUCAUUACGGAACCAUUUGUUAGUACCUGAUCGUAACGGACAUCAGUGGCGACUGUCUCGGAGUGAAAGUAUGUGUGGUCAAAAUGACAAUAAUACGUCAGCAGAGACCGAUUGUUUAUUAUGUAAAACCAAUCCGUCCAUAAGUCCGAUUGAUAAAAUUGGAAGGCGUUGUUCUGUAGACUUUGAAUUACGUGUUAUUGAAACGUAACGGGAUAGAAAUUUUUCUUGUUAUGGAUAAUAAUAAUAAUAUGGUUGACUCUUUUUGUAGGGCGCCACCAUAUUUACGGGUUUUAAGUCUAUAUACCACCCUAAUCUUGUGAUAACAUAGUGCUUAUGAUGACUUUUAUGCUCAUAAAGACAAUACCAGUAGCUGAUGGGAUGGCAACCUUUUAAUACAGGGUAACCAAAGAAAAAAAACAGAACCCAUAAAAUUUUUAUUAAAUCCUACAAAGGUCCAGCAAAUUUCAGCAAAUUUGCUGGACUUAAACUUCAGUCUCUGUACCGUCAUUUCCCAAAGUUUCAGUUAUCUUGGUGGCUUUGCAUAAAAGUCAUGUUCUUUCCAAAAUAUGUUCCAAAUGACCUCCACGGCGUUGGAGGCAAACUUGCAUGCGUAGCGCAAAUUUUUAUGGGUUCUGUUUUGUUUUUGGUUUUUUUAUUCUUUUUUUUUUGUUUGUUUUUUUUUAUU